AUGGCUGCUGUAAUAACUGUCUCCUCUUUGAUAGAUAAGCUGCAAGCUUUGCUCAAUAACAAGGAAGUUACCAGCUCGAGACUGAAAAGCCAAAUUUCUUGUUCCAUUGAGAAGCUAAGACAAUGUUGCAAACUCUUGACAGUAGCAGAGGGCAAGCAAAGUAGUAACCAAAUCAUCAACAUUGAUGGUUUGGAGACUAACCUUCUACCCCAAGCAUACAUCGUUGAGGACAUCAUUGACACCUUCGUUCUAGGAGCAGAGCUGAAGAGACGGCAGAUGUUGACUAAAUUGCACUCUUGUGUUCCAUUGGUGUCUUUAUUGAGCCAAAUAAGAUUCAGCAUUGAGAUGAAGAAAUCUAUAAAUGACAUGGAAGGCCUAUUCCAUAAGCAAGAGCAAGCUUCAGAAACUGUACAUGAAGGUGAUUCAGCUGGGCCAAGCAUUUCAGAUGAGCAGAAAAGUGCACAUACCACUGGAAAAAGCAACUCCAAUGAGCAAAUUGCGCAAGCUGUUGAGUCAAGGGUUUCAGAUGAGCAACCUGUGAGCACUGGUACAAGCAUUUCAGAUGAACAACAAGUGCAUCCUUCAGGUGAACCAGUUUCCCACUUCAUUGGGGCUGGACCAACCGAUUCAGCGGGCUCAGUCGACCAAAGAGUUUCAGAUGGGCAAUCAACACAGACUCCAAGAUCAAGUUUCUCAGGCAAAGAACAGGCGCAAACUGUUGGACCGAUUACUUCAGAGGAAGAGCAUUUGCAACAACGACAAGCAAAAAUUUCUGAUCAUUUAGAUGAGGAAUUGGACUUUGUUGGACUAAAGGAUGAAGUAAACAAGUUAUUUCAAGCAACAGUCAAACGCCAGACAUUGCGCUUUCUUAUUUCAGUGGUGGGUGCAGCAGGAGCUGGCAAGACAACCAUAGUGAGGACGGUUUAUAAUAGAGCAGAUAUAGUGCAACACUUCCCAUAUCGAGCUUGGGUUCAUGUUUCUAAGGAGUUUGCAGCAAAAGAUCUCCUGAUUGACAUGCUGAAACAAGUCACGACUAUCAAGGACGAGGAGAGGUUACCCCUGGAGAAAUUGCAAGAGAGGGUCCGUGAGGUCUUGAUUCGCAAAAGGUACUUAAUAGUCUUCGAUGAUGUUCAGGCUUUUGAUAUAUGGGACCAUCUCAAGAACGCUUUCACAAAUUCACUAAAUGGAAGCAGAGUGCUUCUUACUGCUCGCAACAAAGAAAUAACAGAUAAAAUUGAUGAUGCUGGGAAGUUCACUCUUGAGCUAAGGCAGCUAACUAUUGAUGAAAGUUGGACAUUGUUCUUGAAGAGAGUACGAACAGAUGAGAGCUCAAUAGAUCCAGAAUUGAGGAACCAAAUCUUUAAGAAAUGCAAAGGUCUGCCUCUUGCAAUAGUUGUGCUGGGAGGUUUAUUGUCUAACAAAGAAUCAAGCAGCUGGUCAAAAGUAAUUGAGCGUGCAGAUUUCGGUGAUGACCCUUCCAAAGCUGUCUUGGCUUUGGCCUAUCAGGAUCUUCCACCAGCCUUGAAGCCUUGUCUUCUAUAUUUGGGUCUUUUUCCUAAAGAAUAUGUCAUCCCUAUACGGCGGUUGUUCCAGUUAUGGGAUGCUGAAGGAUUGGUGAAAUCUUCAACUGAAGAAAGCCCUGAAGAUGUAGUUGAGGCAUAUUUUGAAGAACUUCUUAGAAGAAACAUGAUAGAGGUAGCAAGAUGGCGGUUAGAUGGAAGUCCAAAAACAUGUCGUGCUCCAGGAAUUCUAUACGAUAAUGUCUUUCCAAAUGCUGCAGAUAGUAGAUUUUUCUACAUCAAUCGUACCUCCAUUGCCGAACUUCCUUAUCGUGUCCGGAGGGUUGCAGAAUAUUCAGACAUCAGUAAUCAGGUUUCUUCUUCAGAUAAUCUCGAAAGUCUGCGUUCUUAUAUAUCUUUCAAAACCCGAAAGGGAGAUACACCAGCAGAUGAAGUAGAUAAGCUUCUUAACAAGAUUAUCAUUAGGAAAGGCUUCGCAUUGCUCUCUGUACUUGACCUUGAACAUGUCUAUAAACCAAUAUUAUCUGAGGCUAUAGGAAAACUGCCACUCCUAAAGUACCUAGGCUUGAGAUGGACUUUUUUGGAUUCCAUUCCAAAUUCUGUUGGCGGUCUGCCUUGCCUGGAAACAUUAGAUGUGAAACACACCAACAUAACCUGCUUGCCUAUGUCCAUCUGGAACUCAAAGAAGCUUCGGCAUCUUUAUAUGAAUGAAAUUUAUUUAGAUGUGUCCAUCCAGAAACAAUUGGCUAGUGAAUCCUUAGGCAAUCUUCUCACUUUAUGGGGAUUACUAAUAGGCAAAAAAAAGCCUAGGGAGGAUUGGUUGAACAGGUUGAUUGGCCUUAGGAAAUUGGCUUUGACCUGCCAUUUUGAAUCACUCAAAGAAAUAAUUCCCUGGAUUUCUAAGUUGAUGAAUCUUCAUUCCUUGAAAUUAAGGUCGAUAGAUGAGUUUAGUCGACCUUCAAGCCUCGAGUUGGAGGCCAUGUCCAUGCCUCAUAAACUUUCCGAAUUGUAUUUGCUUGGAAAAUUAUCACCAGAUAUUGGAGUGCUACGACUUCCCCAAACUCUCAAGAUGCUUACUUUAUCGGUGUCAAAGCUGGAGAAAGACCCGAUGUCUGAACUAGGGAAGCUGCCCAAUCUGAGCAUCCUCAGGCUUUUUGCUCGCUCCUAUUUAGGGAAGGAGAUGAUUUGUGAAGGAAAGGGGUUUCCUGAACUUCGAGUCCUGAAACUGUGGACGCUGGAGGAGCUGGAGCAGUGGACAGUGCAGGAAGGUUCCAUGCCUCGACUUAGAGAAUUAGAAAUUCGACGCUGUGAAAAACUGAAAGAAACCGGUGGUUGGAAGCGGCUAACCAAGACUCUGAAAGAAUUAAUCCUCACAAAUAUGCCUGACGCUUUGGUGAAAGGUAUCAAACAAAGCAAGGAGUGGGCUAACGUGCCUGUUAUAGUCAAUAUCUGGGACUUUGCUCCUUUACCGGCGAGAGAAAAUGGAGCUAAUUCCUUCAGAAUUGAAGAAAUUGUGGAAGAAUUGGGAACUACGCAUCUUGGUUCUACUUAG